CACGGAAUAAAUGAAUUAUCAUAUACUGACAUUUUUGGGCGCAUUAAUUGUUACACUAAUCGCAAAAUAAUAAAACUACUAGUAAUAAAAUUAUUAUGAAAUAACAGUACCGCGAUAUAUCGUUCGGUCGGAAUAAAUGAACAUUAUAUACUGACGUUUUUGGGCGCAUUAAUUGUUAUAUUAAUCGUAAAAUAAUAAAACUACUGAUAAUAAAAUUAUUAUGAAAUAACAGCACCGCAAUUGCUCGGUCGAGUAAAAUAUAAAUGAUUUAUCUUUUCGGUGGCACUUUCUACACACAGGCGGCGAGCGCUCGUCGGCCUGAAGUUAGACGCCACCGGAGUGUCUCGGAUCGAGCUGUCAGCUGAUCGAGCAUCGAGACCUUGCCGCGCCUGCUUGCCGCCCCUGCCGGGCAUUUGUCGGUAUUUAUAUUGUUGUGUAUUAGAUAAUACGCCCUUGAGAAGUCUAUUAUCGGUACUUUAUCGUAAUAAUAACAUAUGGCACUGUGACUUCCAGAGCCGGAAAUCCACUGGGCUGUGGAGAAAGAAGGAAAAAGUUGAAACUUGUGUAUUCGCUGUAAUGUUUGUUGUCCUUAGGUUAUAAACGAGAUAAAUUUUUCGUAGUUUAAAAUUAAUCCCAGCUGACUCGCGUCAAUUCAAUGCGGAACUCGCAUCGUAAGGCAAGGAAAAGAAAAGAGAGAAGAGUAUCAUGCGUUGGGUCGCGUCGACGCGUCCUCGCACGUCCUCGGCAGCGAAUCCUUACAGAAACGAACUUUGUUAGACUCGUGUUGUUGCCGAAUGUUGCGAAUGUCACCUUGGCGAGCGCGAUGAUUUUACGUUAGUCGAAAUAAACGAGAUAAAGGCCGAGUCGAGAGCAUGUCGACGCUCGUUGAGAUUGACAGUAGCUCGUAUCCCGACGUGGACAUGUGCGGCACAGUCGAGCAGGUCGAGCGAAUCGAUUCGACGGUGACGUACAACGAGUUUUUCACCAAAUAUCUACUGUGUAACAAACCGUGCGUCAUCAGUUCGCAAGCAAUCGAGAACUGGCCGUGCAGCCGUGAAUGGGUGCUGAACGAUGCGCCCAAUUUCGAGGUGCUCCGCACGCUGUUUGGACACUCCACUGUCCCGGUUGCCGAUUGUGACAAAAAGUUUUACAACUCGCAAGUCACGGAUGACAUGCCCAUGGAGAAUUACUUGGACUAUUGGAUCGAUUAUAAGCGGAACCAGUACGACAAAUCGAUGCCGUCGUUGUACCUGAAAGAUUGGCACUGCGUGAAGAACUUUCCCGACGUUCCGAUUUACGAGGUGUCUCAGUAUUUUGCGUCCGACUGGUUAAACGAAUAUUACAUUGCUCAUCCCGAGCUGAAUGAUGAUUACAUGUUUGUAUACAUGGGGCCAAAAGGGACCUGGACUCCAUUUCACGCAGAUGUCUUUAUGUCGUACAGUUGGUCUGCAAAUAUAGUUGGGAGAAAGAGAUGGCUGCUCUUGCAACCACACGAAGAAGACCAACUUCGUGAUCUUAACGGGCAAUUGGUGUACAAUAUAGUUUCGGAGGAACUUGUAAAGUUGAAAUAUUUCGAAGUAUUUCAAGAAGCAGGGGAGAUUAUGUUUGUGCCGUCUGGAUGGCAUCAUCAAGUUUGGAAUUUGGAUGAUACGAUUUCCGUUAAUCACAACUGGAUCAACGGCUGUAAUAUCACCGUCGUGUGGAAUACUUUGAAAAAGGAAUUAAGAUCCGUCAUGAAAGAAGUAGACGAUUGCAAGGACAUGACAAACUGGAACGAACAUUGCCAAUUGAUGCUGAAGGCCUCUCAUGGCAUGGACUACAAACAGUUUCUCGAAUUUAUAUCAUUUAUUGCUAAGAAUCGUUUACAUGCUAUGUUAAAAAAGGAUCGAGUUGUAAGUUUUAAUAAGUAUCAUUUCGGACGUAAUCACUGCCUGUUUGAUUUGCGAGCGCUUGAAAUCGUAUUGGAGGAUGUUAUCACAGACGCGCAAGAUCUGUCCGUGUACAAUUUGAUAUGCGAGAACGAUGAGGCUCGCGUUUUACUGAAAAACAUUAUCGAGUGUCUCGAGUCUUAAAAAUGCAGUUCCUCUUCGUGAACGCGAAAUCUAAUAGACUGUUAAAAAAAAAAAAUCAAGACAAAUUGUUAAGAAGCCAAUUGUAAUUCUAUUAUAAAUAUAGCAUGUACUUUCACAGUUUACCAGCA